CAGCAGGCAUUUAAAAGCAGGUUCAUACACACACACACACAUCACACGCAUGCGGUCUGCCCGUUCUUCGGCUCAUGUCACAAACACAAACAUCCCACGACACGCACGCACGCCAGUAACGUUGCCUCGCGACUCAAUUGCCACGCAGCAUCAACCUCACGGCUCUGCUCCAGCCCCAAUCACCUGCCUACCUGCUCACUGCGUGCUUGCUUCGUUAGUAAGGCCGUGACUCUUUUGGAGACGGCAGGCUAAGGCCAGUACGGGCCCGUUGCUCUACACAGCAGCGCCUCUUUCUGUACCUUGUGUGCUGCGAGGAGGGCAUCAUCCGACCUACGAUCCUACCCGUGAGACCUGAACAUCACCCAACCAGGCCACAAUGCUGACCCAGGAGAAGCACGACAACACGCCACAUGAGAGUGACGUCAACAGCAUCGACACGGGCUGCCUGAGCGAAUCCAGCAGCCGCUCCACCAGCCCGCAGCCGCAUCUUGUGACCGCACCUUCCAGGAACGUGCAGUUUGUCAACUUGCGCGGCGAGAGCAAGCGGCAGCGGCGCCGCCGCAUGCGGAAACAGCAACAGAGGAUCAACUCUGCCAACUCCGGUGGCACCUCCAGCAACCAGGACGAAGAGCUCUUGCCAGAGAGAACCCCCCGAGGAAGCGGCGCGGGCCUGCCGCGCAAGUCUGUCUUCCACCUGUACGACUCCAUUGACGUGUCCGCGUUUGCAGGCCGCAGCAGCGACUACUCCGGGGAAAGGCAUGGCGUCUUCUCAAAGGCCACCAUCGCCAACCAUCUGGUGACCCCGCAGGACUGCCUCUCUGUCCUCAAGGAGCUCAACCUCUUGGUCUGGUUCAGUUUGAUCUUGUGCAUUGUCACUGUUUUCCUCUGCGAUCGGUACAACAUCUACUGGGAUGGCAACGUCGCCCUGCUUCUCUUUCCCCUCGUGUUUCCCAUGGCUUUUUCCAUCAACGCAGGCUACCAGCGACGAGAGACUGUGCUACAUGAGCUGUCAAUGCUGAAAGCUGCUUCUGCUUCGCUGUACUGGGGCCAUCGUGAGAUGUGUCGCCACUCCAACUUGCCUGAUCAACAUGCAAAGGAAGUGGAGCGUGGUGUGCGCAACGUCUUCUUCUGUUUCCUCCAAUAUGUUGUGGGCGAACGUGAGGAGCGAGAACAACAGCUGAAAAAGGUGUAUCGGAUCUUUGCGUUGUUGUCCCAGGCAUCGACGGCGGUGCUAUAUUCCAACGUGCCGGGCGCGGGCCCGCUCGCCUCCCGGUUACAGCAGGAACAGGCCACCAUGCUGCGUUCCUUCGAACAACUUCGCAAUCUUCGUGAAUACAAAACGCCAAGGGCCAUUCGCAACUUCUUCCGCGUUCUCGUGUUUCUGCAACCAAUCAUGUUUGCCCCGUACUACGUCACCAUCAUCCGCCAGGACGCAGAGGUGCGCCAGCUGUGGGCCGGAUACGCAGCAGCCGUUGUCGUCACCCUUGUCUUUGGCGCCCUUCAGAGCAUCCAGGAUGGUCUGGAUGACCCCUUCGAUGGUGUUGGGGAAGACGACGUUAGCCUGUAUGAGAUCUCCGUAUGGCCCCGCCUCGCCCUGUGGGAAGAGCAGCAGGCAGACGUGUGCGGCUUUAUUCGCGUGGCGCACAGCUUUAUUCACAACACGGGAAACAUCAACAGCAAGGACGACACGGAGUUUCCUGAAGACAUCAGCAACACCGUGUACACACAGGAAGUCAAGCGCUGCCUGGACGAACGCAAGAAACAACAAAAGCUGCUUGAGCCGUUGUUGCUGGACAGCGAGAGUGCAGACAUCAUCAGCGAGCAGCCCUUGCCCAAGCACGGCGGGCGGAGGACGCUGCGUCGGGCAUAUUCCAUGAUCAGCCCACACUCCAGCAUGUCUCGACAGCCAAAGCGAAGCGCUCUUGCUCCGGCUCGCAGUAAGACGCUCAGGCGAAACACGUCAAUGUCUCGCGUGACCUUUGCUGCCAACCCAAGCAUCGUUGGCUCCGACAAUACCGCUCCAUCCGGUGACGACAAGGACCGCACCGCCAGCACGCUGCCGCCGCGUCGCGUGUACGACUCUGCUGCUGACGAUGACGACGACGAUGACGAUGAUGAUGACGAUGACGACAUCGAUGUUGACGUGGACCAGGGUGAGAACAUGACCAGAGACGGUGUUGCCGCUGGGCGCAGCGAACGCAGGACGGGAGUUCUUGUCAACGACGAUGAUGCUGAUGACACUGGCGAUGGGGCAUUAUCGCUAGCUUUUCAGCAGGGAACUGGUGUUAGGGAACACGACACAUACUCGCCCACGCUUGAGCUCGCACAGUCGCAGCUCUUGGAAGGACACAUCCCAUCCAACCAGCACGCGAUGGAAGGCAGCCGCCAAGCUGAAAGCACCGGCUCACAGCAACACCAGCAUCAGGACCCUCCACGCAACAAGAAGCGCGGUGCGGUCGAGGACACGGCACGCGCUGUAGCAGGUUUGCUCGUGCUUGACACGCCCUUGCCUGGUGCAAUCGACAACGGCGAGGGUAUCAAGAGCAGCCAUCCUGGCGACGGUGGCGUUGACAACCACAACACUGACAUCAACAACAGCAAUAUUGGCAGUAGCAGUAGCAGUAGUACCAACCACAACAACAAUGGCAACGGCACAGGCAGCAACGGCGGCAGCGGCAGCCAUGAGAGCAGUUUCAGUCUGAGCUCCGCCACGCCCACAGCAAUCACGCCACUGGCACACGAGAACACGAAGGACAGCCACACCCCCUUCAAGCGCAUUGAUUUCUGGGCAAGCAAAGACAUCAUGGCAGCGGUGUCACCGCCAGUCUCGAAGACAACUCCAACUCCAGCACUAGCAACGACAAUAACUCCAACUCCAGCAGCAACAGCAACAGCAACUGCACCACAAUCAGCACCAUGGCUUGUUUCUGGCAGCGGCAAAGGCAACGGCAGGGGUGCUGGUGGCAACAAUGGCGAGGUGUUGGUGUCACCUCUGCGAUCACGCUUUGUCACCACUGCUGGCUCGAGAAGCGAUGGGGCAGCGGUGGCAGCGCAAGUCGCGGCAGCACACCCAGGAGCCACCACGCUCCCACCGCGCAAGCACGCACGAAAGUUCAACAGCGACAGCCAGUUAGCGGCAGCGUGGACCACCCGUUACAAACCGCAAGCGCCCAAUCUUCGACGGGAACGCCACAUGCGCAAUGCAUUUGUGUGGAACAGACAUCGUCGUGCGAGCGAAUCGUCGUCGCCUCCCCUGCUGUCGCCCCUCGCGCCAUUGCCUACCGAGUUGCCGCCAAUCCAGCGCCCGUCACCGUCACCAUCACCGCCCCCUCACACCCGGUCCACUCAUGCGCCGUCCUUCUCGCCUUCGCAGCCAGUUGCGUCCUCGUUGCUGCCUGCUUCUUCCAAGAAGGCGGCGGCGUGAUUGCUCUUGGUUGCCUCGGGCUGGGAAGCUGAGUGUCGGUGGGUCAACACGAACAGGUGGACGAUGAUGAGGUCGUUGCGAUGAAGAGGAAGGGUAGCGUGAGAACCGAGGUGCUCGAGGGCAGCUGCAGUGGCUGCUUGCUGAGGACGUGGCGUGGUUGUGGUGCUUGUGGUGCUUGUGAAUAUGUAGGGAUAGUGCUCUUGCUUGCCUUGCCUAUUUGUGGUUGCGUUUAGAAGGGGUGCGGUAACGGUGAGCUGGACAACGAACAUGCUGGCAUGUGUGCGAGUCGAGCUUGGUUUGUUGGCUGUUUGAUCCAGCUUGAGACAUAUUUAUCGACGGGAGUAUCAGUUCGACAAAGCGACAUGAAACAUGCAAUCAAGGUCAAUUACAGCAG